GGGAGGCAGGGAUCCGGCAGGAAAGGGGGAGGAGGCAGAGGAGGCGGCGGCUGCGAUCCCUGCCGGCGGCUGAAAAGAGCGAGCGAGCGAGCGAGCCCGGCGCGCUUCUUCUCCGCUCCCCGCGAGCAAGCAUGGCUUCAUCGCAAGGCAAGCUCGAGCUGAAAUUCGCGGACUGGAUGGCAAGUUUGCCCGAAAGCAUCCACAGCGUGCCCUUGGCCAACCUGGCCAUCCCAGGGUCGCAUGAUUCAUUUAGCUUCUACAUUGAUGAGGCUUCUCCAGUUGGACCUGAGCAACCGGAAACGGUCCAGAAUUUUGUCUCUGUGUUUGGAACUGUGGCUAAAAAGCUGAUGAGGAAAUGGCUGGCAACACAGACGAUGAACUUUACAAGCCAGCUGGGAGCAGGGAUACGCUAUUUUGACCUCAGGAUCUCCACGAAGCCCAGAGACCCUGAUAAUGAACUCUACUUUGCUCAUGGUUUAUUCAGUGCCAAAGUCAAUGAGGGCCUUGAGGAGAUCAGUGCCUUUCUAGCUGAGCAUCAUAAAGAAGUGGUCUUGUUGGACUUCAAUCACUUCUAUGGGAUGCAGAAGUGCCACCAUGAAAAACUGGUUCAAAUGCUCAAAGACACUUUUGGGAGUAAAAUGUGCCCUGCCAUAUUUGCACACGAAGUUUCUCUAAAGUACCUGUGGGAGAAGGAUUAUCAAGUCUUGGUCUUUUAUCAUAGUCCGGUGGCUUUGGAGGUCCCAUUCCUAUGGCCGGGACAGAUGAUGCCAGCUCCAUGGGCAAACACAACAGAUCCAGAAAAACUGAUCCAGUUUCUUCAGGCAUCAAUCACUGAGAGGAGGAAGAAGGGCUCUUUUUUUAUAUCUCAGGUGGUGCUGACCCCCAAGGCUAGCACAGUGGUCAAGGGGGUUGCUAGUGGUCUCAGAGAAACAAUCACUGAAAGAGCCCUCCCUGCUAUGAUGCAGUGGGUCCGAACACAGACACCAGGCGAAGGAGGUAUCAACAUUGUCACUGCAGACUUUGUAGAACUUGGUGACUUUAUCAGCACAAUCAUUAAACUGAACUACCACUUGGAUGAAGGUGAAGCUGGUACGACUUGAUAGUACUGUUAACAUGUCUGAUAUGCUCCAAAGUGGAACUGUUUUCCCAGUUGUGUUAGGUUAGGUUGUAAUCUUGUGACACAGAUUUUGCAAGCAUAUGCUAAAUAUUGUUAUUUUCUUUUGAACAUGUUGAGGACUCAGAAAGGUUAGGCAAAGGGGAGAUACUUUUUCACUUGUUCUGAUCCUUUCUUGAUGUUCAUCAGUUCUGUGUUUCCUGAAACCCAGCGAGGUUUCAUUCAUCCAGUUGUCUUACUCGAAAAAGCCAUUAAUAAAUAUUCUGUCAACAAAUAAAUGUGUUUUUCGCCAUAUUGAUGAACAUUCACUAUGCUGAAUUCAUAUGUGAUGAUGGCCAGUUAUUGCCCUCUCUCUGUGCUGUGGAUUCCCAUCAUCAUCUUUUGUUACCAAACAAGAACCAAAGUGGUUUUGUCCCAGCAAAAACCUGUUACAAUUGUACAAAAGUGCUCUAUUAGCAAAUGUACUACAUAUAUUGAUGGUGUGCUAAUUGAUGGCAUUAGGUUUGUUAGUUUCAGGAGGGAGGGAAAGAUGUGUCAUCAAAUUGAAAAAUUAGCUCAAGUGUAUACCCUUGGCCAAAAGGGUGGGUGGGUGGAGCUGUAUAUCUAUUGUCCAAAUUUUGUUGACAUUUUAAUUACUUGGAAUUUAAAGUGGGUGAUUCUGCUUUAAUGAUUGAAACAUCUUAAAAAGUCAAUAGAAAACAUUCUUUCGUUUAGUGGAGACUUUUUAGUUAGUUAGUUAGUUAAUCAAGCAGGCAGGCAAGUAUUUAUAAUUUUUUUUGUCUAAAAGAAGCCCAAAGUGAUAUAUAAGUAAUCACAAACUAAAAAUUGCAAUAGCAGUCCCUUCUGGGAAUAAAAGUAUAGAAUAGCAGCAAACUCUGCUUGAGAGCUUCAUUGUGAUUGACCAGUCUUUAACAAUGAAUAAAUGUAAGAUAUUCAUUUUCUGACGGGGGCAGGGGGUCCAUAAUAGUCUGCUGAGGCAAAUACAGCAUAGUCUUGUGACUCUUUAAUACUUGCAAGAUGAAUUUGGGAUACAUUUUCAUGGAUUACAGCCCACUUAUUCUGUUGAACUGGACUGUGGUCCACUGAAAAGCAGAUGCCAGAUGAAAUUUACAAUUUAUUAAAGGGCCACAAAACUCUAUGCUAUUUUAAAAUAUACGUCAUAAGACUAACAGGAUACAGUUAAGUACUGUGUGGUAAAUUGGAUCUCGACUGAGUCAUGCUUAGAGUUCAGUUGUGGAAACCAAUGGGAGAAAUUAGGCCUAACUAAAAAAAAUCCCAUUUUUUCCCAAUAGGCCUACUCUGAGUAUCAUUCAGUCAUGCUUAAAUUGACUUAAUAUGCCAAAUACUAAAUUUUUGUGAAACAAACCAACCCACCAACCACAGUAUAUACAAUAUUUCUGUUCAAGAAAGCUGUAAACACAGAGGCUAACAUCAUCCCCACUCAUCUCCAACUGAAAUAUGAAAACACCAGAGAAAAAUAUUUUUAAUGAAAUCAUGGAAUAGGUCAGUGUGUAAUUAAUUAUACUGUACUAACCAUUCAUUGUCUGUGUGAAAUAAUGUGUGAAGGAAAGAACCACUUACUGUGCAUUAUAAUGGAAGACACUCCCAUUGAUUUUGUUCUUAAGGGAGUAGCCAAAAUGCUGAGAGGAAACAAAGUUGAUGGAGUAAGGAAAUAAUUCUCCAAUUUGCUACUCCCAGAUAGAGUUGAUUGUUGAAUCGGUGGAAGUGAUAUCAGUGUUUACUUUUGUGUUACCAUCAAACAGUUGUUUCAGUGGAUCUACUCUAGUUGGGGUUAGCAACUGGAUUUAAAGCAUUAUCAUUCAAAAUAAGUAGGCAGUGUGGUGUCAUCAAAUAUCUUCUUAGACCACGAAUACAAAGCAUAAAAACAUAUCAUUCGCAACUGCAGUCAUGCUCUUAUUGCUGCUUUCCAACAUCUAGAAUUCAUGUCUCAUCUCUUCACAUCUGGUCCAUGCUAUACAUUCCAGAUAGCUUGGAAUGCUGGAAUUCUUUAACUGAAAGUGUCUGAUUGUUAUAGAAAGAGGUUUCUGCAUCUCCUGGAGUACACAGAUUUGCUUGCUUUGCUUUGUUAUUGAUCUUCAGAAGCUAAGCUCAAGGUGCAUUUGCAGGUCUGAUUUUUUAGACAUGAAGUCCUGCUAAAAUUGUAUCUCUCAUAUACCAGUAUGAUUUCAGGUCUAAUUACUAGGGCUGCCAAAUUCUGCUUCUCUACAUCUGCACACUCUAAUUUACACAUAAUGUAAACUGAACACAUUAAUUGUUUUUCUGCUAAUAUUUAUUUAUACAGUAACCACUAAUCUGGGAGAGCCAGUAUGUAAUGAUUUUUUGAGUAUUAGUCAUUCUUGGGGGACCGAAGUUCAAAUCCCUGCUUAGUUGGUUUGUUCUGAGCAAAAAUGAGAAAAGGGGAACCAGAUAAAACCACUAUGAACAUUGCCAUUAUGUAUACAUUUUUUAAAAAAUUGAAUUUUGCCAUGUAGAGUGGCUUCUGCUGAUACAUUCAUGAAAGGAGCUAUCAUUUUUGGCACCAUUUCUUACUGGUAGCAAAAAAAAUCUCUGCAGAUCAAUGAGGAUACCAAAGAAAUCCCCCAUGAUUGACACAGUGUCAUGUGUUUCCUGGAAUCAGGGUGAGGAAUAGAGGAAAAAGUGAGGGCAAACUGAAAAAAAUCAGGGAAAGGACUAAGAUGUGAUUUCUUUCAUAGACAGAGGUUGAAUGUUCUACUACAACUAACAAAGUAGCUUAAAUUUGAUUGCCAUUUUACACUACGCUACACACAUACAUAUAUUAAAGUAAGUACAAUCCAAUUCUCCUCCUCUUGCACCUUGAUGUAGGUCAAGUAUUCUUUUCAUUCAGCUUCAUCCAGCUGGAGGAGGGGGGAGAGGGGAAUUGUGAAUAUGUUCUUUACUAAUAUGAAGCCUUUUCCCAAUAAAUAUUUGUGAUAUUCCAUUGUAUAUAUUGGAAUACUAAUAAUCCCAUAAUCAAAUGUUCCUUGUUUAGUACUGGCCCUGCCAUUAGGCAGAAUUAGGCAGUCACUUCACUAGUAGAUGGGGGGAGGCAUGGGUUUGAAGCAGGAAAUGAUGUGUGUCAUCCAGUCAUCUCUCCGCUCUCUAAGCUGGGGUGGACAACAUGCAUUCUAGUAGGAAUUUGUCUCUUCCCAUGGUUAUGAGAGCACAAUGCAGAAGAAACACAUAAAUGCAGGGAGAUUUCCCUCUUUUAAGUGCAAAAUCUCUAGCUCUUUCCAUAAUAAAAGUCACCCUAGAAGCAUCUUUAAGUAGAAAAAAGUAUCUUUACUCACAGUUACUAUCAGUAGUUACAAUCAGAAAGAAAAAGAAAGGUACAAUGGAGUCUCCAGUCUAUGGGAGCACUUGCAUGCUUGCUGCUUCUCAGAUGUUAGUGAGAGGAAGAAAGGAGGGGGUAUCAACAAAUCAAUAGGAGAAAGGCAUGUAAAGCUUUGCCAUUCAAAUUAAUGGCAAAAGACAACCAUCUUUGGUCAAGCCUUCUCUUAAUGCAUGCAAGGUUGCUAUUUUUCCAGUGUUGUUGUGAUUUCAGAGCAUUUCAGUGAAUGGCAUGCAAGAAAGCUUUGAGACACAUGACAGGCAAAUGCCAUUUUAGGAUGGAAGACAGAGGUUUAAUAAGCUGCAUUAAUAGUUGAUAAAAUUGUUACAUCUUUUAAAUCUUUUGUUCUCGGAACUAGAGGCAGAAUUCAGUUGCUAUUUCAGUACUGUUAAAAUUAAAUACAGUAUAUGUAACUAUAAUGGCCAGAAGCUUAUUGAAUGCUAUUGGACUGUUGCACUGGUUAGUUCUAUUUAAUCUCCAUUGCACAGUGCCCAUUCAAACCUAUGGGACUUCUGCUUGCAGAGGAAAGUAUGUGAUAGAUCUUUACACAUGUUUCUCAAAUGUCAAACUAUUCACACAGUAAAUGGAAUAGAACUACUGAACUGGAUCCUGGCCGCUGACUAUAGAGUUUACUGGAACUGUUAAAAUAACUGUUGAGCUUCAGUUGUGUUUGUUGAUGUUGGAAAUUCCAAGAAGAAUGCAAGAAGAACCAAGGCAUGUGCAGAGACAAUAUUUAUUUGUGCUUUGUUUUGUUUUGUUUACAUAUUGCCGCCCAGAGUAGACU